UUCACAUUUUUUUUACUUAUAUUCAACACCCACAAAAAAAGAAGAUGGUUUUUCAAGAAAAGAUGAAAACUUUGUUUAACAAUAGAUGGCUAGUGUUUGUUGCAUCAAUGUGGGUACAAUCUUGUUCAGGAAUUGGAUACAUGUUUGGUAGUAUAUCACCAGUGAUCAAGAAAAACAUGGGUUAUAAUCAAAGACAAAUUGCUAUGUUGGGUGUGGCUAAAGAUAUUGGUGAUGCUAUUGGUUUCAUUGCUGGUAGUUUAUGUGAAGUUGCACCAAUUUGGGUUGUUCUUUUUAUUGGUGUUGUUCAAAAUUUUGUUGGAUAUGGUUUAGUUUGGCUUACAACCAAACAUACUUUGCCCAAGUUGCCUCUAUGGGUGCUAUGUGUUUGCAUAUUCGUGGGAACAAAUGGGGAGACCUACUUCAACACUGGAGCUCUUGUAUCCGGAGUUCAAAACUUUCCUAAAUACCGUGGUCCAGUUGUAGGGAUACUAAAGGGUUUUGCAGGCUUGAGUGGUGCAAUAUUAACGCAAGUUUACACCAUCUUCAAUUUUCCUGAUCAAGCUUCAGUCAUUUUUGUGGUUGCAGUGGGACCGACAAUCGUAAUUUCUUCCCUAAUGUUCUUAAUUAGACCCGUUGGAGGUCAUAGACAAACAAGACGAUCCGAUAGCACAAGUUUUUAUUAUCUUUAUGGCGUUUGCCUCAUUCUUGCAGCAUAUCUUCUAGGAGUUUUGAUACUGCAAGAUGUGACUGAUUUGAACCAAACAACUAUCACUUGGCUCACAAUCGGGCUCUUAGUUCUCGUGCUGCUCCCCAUUGCAAUUCCUAUUUUUUUGGUUUUUUUCUCGUCUUCAAGAUCUGAGAAUCAUUUGGAGGAAACCCUUCUAAGUGAAAACCAAAAGCAAGACAAUGAAAUGUUUAUGAGUGAGGUAGAAGACGAGAAGGGUUCACAAGUAGACUUGCUUCCAGCUGAUGAAAGGCAAAAACGAAUGAACAAUUUGCAUGCAAAAUUGGUGCAAGCUGCAGCUGAUGGAGCUGUCAGGGUGAAGCGCAAGAAAGGUCCACGAAGAGGAGAAGAUUUUACUCUGAUGCAAGCGUUGGUGAAAGCCGAUUUCUUGUUAAUGUUUUUUUCUUUGGUGUUGGCUUCAGGAUCAGGUUUGACCAUAAUUGAUAACCUUGGUCAAAUGUGUCAAUCUCUUGGGUAUGAAAAUCCUCAUGUUUUUGUUUCCAUGAUUAGCAUUUGGAACUUUCUUGGUCGUGUUGGUGGUGGAUACUUCUCUGAGCUUAUUGUAAGAAAAUAUGCAUACCCGAGACCAGUGGCAAUGGCUGGGGUUCAAGUCGUAAUGGCAGGUUCACUUCUGUACUAUGCUCUCGGUGCACCAGGUGCAAUCUAUGUUGUUUCGGUCGUGAUGGGCCUCUGUUAUGGAGCCCAUUGGGCCAUCGUUCCCUCUGCAGCCUCAGAGUUAUUCGGGUUAAAGAGUUUUGGUGCUAUUUAUAACUUUCUUACUCUUGCAAGCCCAACUGGUUCUCUGAUAUUUUCUGGUGUAAUUGCUAGUGGGAUUUACGACUAUGAAGCAAAGAAACAAAAGUCACUAGAAAAUCAAAUCUUUCAUGAAAACCAAGAGCUCACUUGCUACGGCAUCAUAUGUUAUUCCUUCACUUGUGGGAUAUUAUCGGCCCUUUGCAUAAUUGCAUUUCUGUUAAGUAUGAUAGUUGUCUAUAGAACCAAAAGAGUCUAUGCACAACUUUAUGGAAAUUUGCUUAGUUAAAUCCAAGAGUAGGGUGUAUUGUCAAUGUGUUCCCGAGUUUUGCGAUGGAUGUUCAGAAUUGCUUUGGUUCUCGAGAUCGGAAGAUAUCGACAUUGAUAAGAUUGAGAAAUGGUGUUGAUUCAGGCUUCAUAUUGAAGAACAUAUUAUUUGGUUUUAUGUAUAUUUGAGUCAUGUAAAGUUCAAAUCUAUUGGAGCUUGGGUUCUAUGCAAGUAGCAAAAUGAUUAAUAAAUCUAUGUUACCAUAUCGUUUAUAUA